GAAUGGACUAACAGAUGAAUGGAGGAGAGAGAGCUUGUCACUCCAUAUUAUAUACCAGUUGAUACCUGCAUUGUGAUGCACCAGCAACCAUAACCCCAUUCCAUGGCUACAGACAAUGUCUACGUUCUCUUCUACUUAUUGGCCUUCCUAUGCAUUCAACCCAACGUCUGCGACGGAGCUCUAACCUCGGGCUGCAUCCCUGCCGAAAGAAGUGCUCUACUUGAGUUCAAACGUGGCCUGAAAGAUCCUACCAACAGGCUGUCCUCUUGGGUGGGUGAAGACUGCUGCAAAUGGGAGGGUGUGACGUGCAGCAAUCAUACUGGGCAUGUCGUCAAGCUGGACCUCCACAAUCCGCAUCCUUUCUCUGAUUUUGGUGGCGAGCCAUACAACAACUGGACCUUAGGAGGUGAGUUGCGGCCUUCUUUACUUGGUCUGAAGCACCUAAAGUACCUGGACCUAAGCAUGAACGAUUUUGGAGGCAUUAAUAUUCCAGAAUUCAUGGGGUCAUUCCAUCGACUCCAAUAUCUUAACCUCUCCCGUGCUGGAUUGGGUGGACUCCUGCCUCACCAGCUGGGAAAUCUCUCCAAUCUGCAGUAUCUAGACUUAUACAAUGACUUGGAUCCCAAUUUUGUGGUUCCGGUCCGUGAAUUUAGCAUUGGUGAUGCACUCUGGAUUUCUCACCUUUCUUCUCUAAAGCAUCUCAACCUGAAGAGUGUUAACUUUCAAAAUGGUACUCACUGGCUGGAAGCUCUGAACAUGCUUCCUUCUAUUGUGGAGAUAUACUUAUCUCUCUGCGAAAUUGGAAGUGUUCCCCUCUCUCUUCCACAUGUGAACUUUACAUCACUGUCUGUUCUUGAUUUGUCGGAUAAUCUCAUUGACUCUACGAUACCCUCUUGGUUAUCCAACAUAAGUGGCCUUGAGCACCUUGAUCUCAGUGAGAACGACCUUCAGGGUAAUAUUCCACCGACCUUUGGUAACUUGGCUUCCCUCAAGGAACUUAAUUUAGCUUUCAAUCCUCUUCAAGGAGGAAUACCCACUUCCUUCAAAAAUCUGUGCAAGUUGCAGAAUUUAAUAUUGCCAGGCAUCAAUAUCAGCCAAGAUUUGUUAGGACUCGAUGAAAGUUUUUCUGGUUGCAUCAAGAUGAGCUUAGAGAGUCUGGACUUAUCCGGCACGAAUAUUAGUGGGCAGUUGCCUGAAUGGUUAUUGCAACUCAGGAAGCUUAAAGUACUCAAUUUGGGGUGGAAUCUGAUUUCUGGUCCUAUUCCUUUGUCACUUGGACAACUAGCAUCACUCCAAGAGCUCUAUCUUGGGGUAAAUCAGUUGAAUGAAACUAUACCAGAAAGUGUGGGGCGGCUGUCUCAGCUAGUUACUUUGGACCUCCAGCACAACAAUUUGGAGGGUGUAAUGUCUGAGGCGCAUUUUGGAAACCUCACAGAAUUGAAAUACUUAUGUUUGUCGUCCAACUCCUUGGCUCUGAAGGUCGAGAGCAAUUGGCUUCCUCCCUUCCGGCUAGAAUCCCUUCAGAUGGACUCCUGCAAACUGGGUCCUGAGUUCCCUGCAUGGCUCCAGUCGCAAAUAAAUAUUUUCGAAAUUGAUAUGUCUAAUGCUGGUAUUAUUGAUGCUAUGCCAAACUGGUUUUGGAGCUUAAUUUCCACAGCAGAGUACGUGAGUGUCUCCGGCAAUCAGAUCAGUGGCCACGUACCCAAUUUAUUGCAUUUAAAUAAUCUCGACUGGUUGGAUUUAAGCUCAAACUACUUCGAGGGUCCUCUUCCAUAUUUUCCUCCGGGAAUGUAUUUUUUAGAUUUAUCAAAUAAUUUAUUCUCGGGAACAAUUUCACUUGACAUCAUGAAUAUGCCUUACCUCAUAUAUUUAUCGCUUUCAAAAAAUAAUUUAAGUGGCCAAAUUCCCUUCUCUGUAUGCCAACUGCAGGCUUUACAGGUUCUUGAUCUUUCAAAAAAUACGUUAUCAGGAGUGCUCCCCAAUUGUUGGAAUAAUUCUUCAGGUAUUGUAAUUAUGGAUUUUUCAAGCAACAACAUAUCUGGAGUUAUUCCUAAGUCUAUAUGUUCCAUGGCAUCACUUCAGUCGUUGCACUUGAACAAUAAUAGUCUAUAUGAAGAGUUGUCCCUGUCCUUGAAAGAUUGUACGAAAUUAGUCAUUCUUGAUGCUGGACAUAAUGAUUUGAAAGGUGAAAUUCCAACUUGGAUUGGCGAAAGUUUAACUAGUCUGAGGUUCCUCAAUCUACGAUCAAAUAUGUUGGUCGGAGAUAUUCCUCCAAAUCUUUCAAGAUUGAGUUCUCUCCAAUUUCUCGACCUUGCAGAUAAUGAGCUAUCGGGAACUAUUCCAAGGAGCUUUGGAAAUUUUACUGCCAUGAAAGUAAUUGAAAAUUUUUCAAGUUCGACGACAGAUCAAAUUAGAUAUAAGGAGCAUAUGUUUAUUACAACUAAAGGAAACACUCUCUCCUAUGAUGAGUCACUUUUGCUCAUGAAUAUCUUGGACCUCUCAGACAAUAACUUAUUUGGAGGAGUACCCGAAGAAGUCACAGGUCUUUUUGGCUUAUUCAGCUUAAAUUUAUCUGGAAAUCAUUUCACAGGAGAAAUCAUUGAAAAUAUCAGUAAAUUACAACAGUUGGAGUCCCUUGACUUGUCAAGGAACAACUUUUCUGGCACAAUUCCUUCUGGCCUCGUUGCUCUGACUUAUUUGGCUCACUUGAACCUGUCAUACAACAACUUGUCAGGGGAAAUUCCUCUUGGUAAUCAACUUCUGACCUUCACUGAUCCAUCUAUCUAUAUUGGCAAUCCUGGUCUUUGUGGGUUUCCUCUGAAUCAAAGUUGCAAAGAUAGUGAGACAACACAAGGUCAAAGUAAUUCAGAUGAUGGAGAUGAGAAUGAGAUGAUAUGGUUCUACACGAGCAUGGCACUAGGAUUUGUUGUUGGUUUCUGGGCAGUCUGGGGUACCUUGAUACUUAACAAGAAUUGGAACCUUUAUUACUUCCGAUUUAUAGACAACAUGUUUGACAAAGUAUAUGUGUUUACCAUACUGAAAGUUUCUAUGAUCAGAAAACGUUGUUGUUCCCAACAAGAAUGAUAAAUUUGAACAUCAAUAUCAGCUAUAUGAGAGUUCAUCUCAUUAAUAUCAUAUCAUCAGCUUGAAUAAAUUUUCUUCUUCUGAAUA